AUGCCUCCUCGAGUCCCGUCAGCAGGCGUGUGGUGUCCCGCGGUGACCUUCUUCGAUCCCGGAACUGAUACACUUGAUCUGCCCGCACAGAAGAGAUACUACGCCUAUCUUGCAAGCUCUGGGCUCACUGGACUGGUCAUCCUGGGUACAAACGCAGAGACAUUCCUCCUUACACGCGAAGAGCGGGUACAGCUCAUCCAGACGGCCAGGGAGGCCGUUGGCACAGACUACCCCCUCAUGGCUGGAGUUGGUGGCCAUUCUACCUGUCAGGUGCUACAGUAUAUCCAAGAUGCCGUGGCCGCAGGGGCAAACUACGUUCUUGUGCUCCCGCCCGCAUACUUCGGCAAGGCAACUACACCGACCGUGAUCAGAUCAUUUUUCAACGACAUCGCGGCCAGGUCUCCGUUGCCGGUGGUUAUUUACAACUUUCCUGGGGUCUGCAACGGAGUUGACCUCGAUUCGGAGAUGAUCACAGCAAUCGCACUGGGCAGCUCUAACGUGGUUGGGGUGAAGCUUACCUGCGCUAGUGUUGGGAAAAUCACCCGGUUGGCGGCUACGCUGCCUGCAGAAAAGUUUUCGAUAUUCGGCGGACAGGCUGACUUCUUGAUAGGAGGAUUGAGUGUGGGUUCGGCAGGAUGCAUUUCUGCGUUUGCAAACGUCUUUCCCAAGACUGUAUCGAAGAUAUACGAACUGUAUAAGGCUGGCAAGGUCGAGGAAGCGUUGAACCUGCAUCAGAAGGCGGCGUUAGCCGAGUCCCCAUGCAAGUCUGGGAUUGCUACGACCAAGUACGCAGCAGCUAUCUUCAGCGCAAAGGCAGCCGGGAUCGAGAACGCUGAAGAGAGGAUGCGGCCCCGACGGCCCUACGAACCACCGACCGAAGCUGCAAAGGAGAACGUGAAGCAGGUCAUGGCCGAGUAUAAGUACGUAUCGACAACAUCGACAUCCAAAACCUUUCUCAAACCGCUCAGCCGAAACGAACAUAAAGAUAAAAUACAUACUCCGUACUACUAUGGACGUCCACGGCGGAAGGGAAACCCGGAACCUUCCGCGUCCCCGGAAACUUCCUUGCCUAAAACGCCCGGACCAUGCGACAGGAUGGUCACGUGGCAUUCCAGUGCCAAGAUAGCCCAAAGCGGCUAG